GUCGGCACCCGGAAGUGGUGGCCGGAGCUGCUGGAAGGAAGGAGGCCGAGGCGGAGGAGGAUGUCGGAGUACGAGGCCGUCCAGCGGGGACCUCUGCGCCUGAAGGGCGGCGUCGGGGUGUCCCCCGCGGGGAAGCGGAAGAAAAAGAAAGAUAAGGAGAAAAGCAAGAUCGUGGACCAGAUCGUGAGCAGCAAGAUGCAGGAGGAGGAGGAGGAGGAAAAGCGGGCGCUGGACAAGAGGACCCCCGCGCAGCUGGCCUACGAGAAGAUGCAGGAGAAGCGGCAAAUCGAGAGGAUCCUGAAGAAAGCAUCCAAAACCCACAAGCAGAGAGUCGAGGAUUUCAAUCGGCACCUGGACACCUUGACAGAACAUUACGACAUCCCAAAAGUCAGCUGGACCAAAUGAGCCAUUUUGGUUUUGCUUCUCCCCAACUCCCCAGGCCUGUCUCGUUUUCCUAAAAGGGCACAAACUCAGCAGAUGGGACAGUUUCCGGACUGGAGACCUUGUUCGGCACAACCUUCUGUAACUGGUUCAAUUAAACUUGCGUUUUAAAGUAGAUUGAACAUCUGGAUCUUACAGCUUCAAGUAAAUGGCCGCUGUUCUUUACCUGCUGAAAAUCUCCAUUUUCCAUUAUAUUAUCACAUAUUUAAACAAUGUAUCUGACUCUAUCUUAAAUAAAGGCAAGGGAGGCCAUAUACAAAACGUUUGGUUUGAUCAG